GACUGCAGAAUGUCAGCUUUUGUACAAUUAACUAGAAACAUAUAUACCAGCAACAUGAGACAGUGGACGAGACCAGGAACUUGCUUAUUUAGUUUUUAUCGGCGUAGCUCUCUUGAUGCAUUUGACAACAAUCAACAAUUUCACCCUCAAACCAUCAGGCUUUACUCAUCGUCAAUUAAGAAAAGUAUUCGGAUAGGAUGCGCUUCGGGUUUCUGGGGGGAUACAGCUACCUCAGUACCUCAGCUUAUAUAUGGAGGAAAGCUGGAUUUCCUUGUGUUUGAUUAUCUGUCAGAAAUCACGAUGUCACUUCUUACAGCGGCCAAAUCCAAGAUGCCUAAUAUGGGAUAUGCUCCUGAUUUUGUGCUUAGCAUUUCUCCUUUUAUCAAAGACAUUCAUAAAAGAGGUAUUCGAGUAGUGAGUAAUGCAGGUGGCGUGAACCCUUUAGCAUGUGGCGCUGCCAUUCAGGACGCAGUGCAGAAGGCAGGUUUGGACCUGAAGGUGGCUGUGGUAACUGGUGAUGACCUUAUGCCACAGAGAGAAAUGUUGACUGAGCUCAGAGAAGCUGAUGGGCAAAGCAGAAAAACACUUCCAAAAACUGUGAACAGUAUGAAUGCAUAUCUGGGUGCUGGACCUAUAAAGCGUUGCCUUGAUCUUGGAGCUGAUAUUGUGGUGACUGGACGCUGCGUUGACAGUGCAGUUGUGCUUGGCCCCCUAAUGCACUCAUUUGGCUGGGAGCGGAACAGUUAUGACCUGUUGGCAGGUGGAAGUCUUGCAGGUCACCUGAUCGAGUGUGGUGCCCAGGCUACUGGAGGCAUUUUCACUGACUGGCACAAAGUCCCAGACUGGGAUAAUAUGGGCUUCCCAGUGGUCGAAUGCUGUGCUGAUGGCUCCUUUGUAUUGUCGAAACCGCCCAAAACUGGAGGCCUGGUCUCUUUUGGCACAGUUGCAGAACAGUUGGUGUAUGAGAUCGGAGAUCCUCAGCGAUACCUUCUGCCUGAUGUCAUCUGUGACUUCUCCAGAGUCACUAUCACUGAGAUACCAGAUGUGGAAGGCGGAGCCGUCAGAGUGGAGGGAGCAAAGGGAUCGGCCCCAUCAGCCGACUAUAAGGUAUGUGCUACAUAUAUGGAUGGCUUCAGGGCCACUGCAGUGUGUCCUGUAGGAGGCCCCAGGGCUGUAGAGAAGGCCAGAAGGACAGCAGAAAGCAUUAUUAAAAGGACACGGCGCAUUUUUAAACAGCUGGGACUGGAGGAUUACAGCUCGGUGAACAUUCAGGUUUUAGGUGCUGAGGACACAUAUGGACCACACGCAGUCAACAGUAGCCCUAGAGAAGCAGUGAUUUGGAUGGCUGUCCAUCACAAACAGAAGAAAGCGCUCGAGUUUUUCUCUAGAGAAAUUGCGCCUGCUGGAACAGGCAUGGCCCCAGGACUCACAGGGAUUGCAGGUGGCAGACCCAGAGUCUCUCCAGUGCUAAAGCCUUUCUUCUUUCUGCACCCAAAAGCAGGAUUUAAGGUGAACGUCUACGUGAAUGGGGAUCUUGCUGAGACGUACUGUGAGACACACCACCCUUUGUCUGAGGGCCAAGCCUCUGGCCACCAGUCUGAAAAAACCAUCACAGAGAUGCCUGCAGAUUUACCAGCUGGUCCCCAUAGUUAUAGGCUGGAGGACUUGGCUUACACACGCAGUGGAGACAAAGGAGACUCAGCUAAUAUUGGAGUCAUUGCCAGACAUCCACUUUACUACCCUUAUCUGAAGAAGUUUUUGACAGCUGGGGUAGUGGAGGAGUAUUUCAAGCAUCUUAUAAAGAAGGAUGAAACAGACCUACCUUCAGUAAUGCGAUAUGAAUUGCCUGGUAUUCACGGCCUAAACUUCGUUCUUCGUAACUCUUUAGGAGGGGGUGGCGUGGCAUCACUGCGGAGUGACCCUCAGGGUAAAGCCUAUGGGCAGAUGUUGCUGGACUACAGACUACGUGGCUUACCUGACCUCAAGUCCUUGGUGGAUUAAGAAAUAGAGAGAGGGAGCAAAAGAGAGAGACGCCUAGACAGAGAGGAGAGUUUGACAGAGAGGUGUGUAAUCUAACAAACUAUCUAGAUAAGCCAGUUAGACAAUUCACAGGACAGUAUAGAAAAUAGUGUUGUAUAAACACAGGGUAUAAAUGAUGUCUGAAUGGACAUCUACGACGUGCUAAAUAUGUGUGGGAGGUUAACUUGAUACACAGAGAUUUUACUCUCUGCUGUCAGUUUUUCACAAAUGUAUAGAAAAUAUUUGUACCAUAUCUAACAGCCAUUGGGUAAUAAGCAAUUUUCAUGAAAAUGCAUUAAAUAGUCCAAUUAUAUCUGCUUUUUCAAGUG